AUGGUUGACACACUGCUGGUGGAGUUUUCCUCGAAAUAUCAUCCGAUGUUGCAGCCGCCCUCGCCACUCCUGGAGAUGGCGUCCCUCCGUCUCCCGGACUCGGAGGAGUUUGACAACGAGCCGCGAAGAAGAAACGGCAACGGCGGCCUGACGACAAUAGGCCCACCCCUCCGUGUGGCCAACGAUGUCUUCGCAAAGACCAAAGACGACAUUCGCGAUUACGUCAACAAUUCACUCACCGAUCUCGUGACGGACGGGCCGCGUACAUCGAUGGACGAACAUCCUGGUGUCCUGUUCAAUGCCAGUGAUCCUGGACACAUACCCGUGGAACAUGUGCCCGAUCUAUUCUACCGGCACAGUGUUGCCAUGACCACUGUUUACUGUGCCGCCUAUUUCAUUGUAUUCGUUGUUGGUCUUGUUGGCAACAGUUUUGUUAUUGCUGUUGUUUAUCGCUCACCACGUAUGCGCACUGUUACCAAUUUCUUUAUUGUGAAUCUCGCUGUUGCCGAUGUAUUGGUACUGGUUUUCUGUCUACCCGCUACGUUGUUGGGGAAUAUACUUGUCCCUUGGGUGCUUGGACGCUUCAUGUGCAAAACCGUUUCUUAUGUCCAGGGAGUCUCCGUUGCUGCUUCUGUAUACAGUCUUGUUGCUGUUUCGUUGGAUAGAUUUCUCGCAAUAUGGUGGCCCCUGAAAUGCCAGAUAACAAAGCGUCGUGCCCGCCUCCUCAUCGUGAUAAUCUGGUUCAUCGCCCUGGCAAUAACCCUCCCCUGGCUGUUAUUCUUCGACAUAAUAAUUCUCCCAAACAACAUGGAGCAGUCAUUCUGCGUGGAGGAAUGGCCGCGAAAGCAGGACGAGAGGCUGUUCUUCCUCCUCGGCAACCUGAUGUUCUGCUAUGUCCUCCCCAUGAUCCUCAUAUCCCUCUGCUACAUCGCCAUAUGGGUAAAAGUAUCCCGUCGCAACAUACCAACGGACACUAAAGACUCCCAGAUGGAAAGAAUACAGCAAAAAUCAAAGGUCAAAGUUGUCAAAAUGCUGGUAGUGGUUGUGAUACUAUUUGUACUCUCAUGGUUGCCCCUCUACGUUAUAUUUGCGCGCAUUAAACUGGGUGGUGCACCGACAAUAUGGGAGGAAGAGGUACUCAACAUAGCAACACCAAUAGCCCAGUGGCUUGGCUCAAGCAAUUCAUGCAUCAAUCCCAUUCUCUACGCAUUUUUCAAUAAAAAAUAUCGUCGCGGUUUCAUGGCCAUUCUCAAGAGUGGACGUUGCUGCGGCAAACUACGCUACUACGAGACUGUCGCAAUAAUGUCGUCAUCAACGAGCAUGAGAAAAUCAUCCUACUACGUUAACAACAAUAACUCAUCGACAAGACGUACGUGUCAUGGGCCACCGAUACAUCAGGAUAGCAAUGUAUCCUACAUAUUCAAUCACACUGGCGUUUAAAAAUAAUAGCAAUCAGCAUUGACGCGUCCAGUGAGUGGAUCAUUAUGCUAAUAAUCGUGGGGUCAUGACCCCAUAAUCAUGAGAAUGGUCAUUUCUACGAACUGCCAGCUCGAGAUUUCAGGGUCAAUUUUUAAUGAAAUUGGAGACGAUUGUCGCUCGAGUUGGACUCGGGUGGAGACUCUUUUCUGGCGAAUAAUCUUUCCCCAAUUUUUGAGAUAUGGAGUUUUUGGAAAAUUUUGAGGACAUCUCGAUGUAGUCCUCAAUCUAAUAUUUAAUAUCCCGUCAUAUCUGGUGUAGUUUGUAUACGCUGAUAAUUGAAUAA